CACAUUAAAUGAUAUAAAAAUAAUUAUUGUCAUACUGAGUUUAUUUUGCUGAAUUUGCAAAGAGAUAAUACAAAAUGUUUAAGUUAGUUUAAAACAAAGAAUUACCACGAUCACAAUUUAAUAGAACAAGUUAUUUCACGAUUAUAAAGAUUGCAAAUCGCUCAUUAAUUGGUUGGUUAUAUAUAAUAUCAAUAUUUGUCAUUCAAUGAAUAAAUGGUUGAUGAAUGGACUGAAUGAAUAUUUAUGAUGUUUUGAUACAAUGAAUAAGUAUUAUUUACAAACAAUAGUUUUUGUAGCAUUUAAUGAAAUCUUGAUUCAUGGGUUAUUUAAAAGUGUUACUCGCCAAACUGAGAGUGAUUUUUUUGUAAAAUCAUCUUGCGAAAAUAAUUGCAAUCCCUACAAAAGCUAUUGUUUUGAUGUUGAGAAUAGUGGUGUUACGAAAUCAACUUGCUGUAGCUGCAAAUGCGAAUGGGGAAAAACAUUUUAUGGUAUUGGAAAAUCUGCAUCCUGUGUUGAUGAUCUGCAAGCUUCAAAUGACUGUAGAUUUCAGGUUGUUAAACAAAAUGAGCAAGAAAAAGUAUUUUCUGUUUCAAUUUCUAAAAGUUAUAACAAAGGUAUUUACGAAAGCAUUGGAUCAAUUAAAUUAAUUGAUAAGCAAACACUUAUUAAUAGUCUAUCAUGCAGUUUACUAUUAAAGAAAACUUCAUUUUGGGAACCAUUUCAAUGGACAUCUUUUGUAGAACCUCAAGCUGUUUUUAGGCUCAAUAGUAAUACAAAUUUAUUAGAGAUGAAAAAUAUCGAACUUUAUAAAGGUUAUUUAUUCAAGUUAUUCCUAUCAUGCAACAAUGUUACUUCAUGUUUACUGUUGAAAGUGGUGGGACAAACAUUUUUUCAAAUAAAACCAGCUGGUAGUCGCACCACAUUGAGUCCUGCUUUGAAUGUAACUUUAAUUCCAGUAAAAACUAAACCAAUGUUAACAAAGAAACAAAAAUCCACCAGAAAUAUGAUCAUCAUUAUUGUAGCUAUAGUCAUCUUUUUUAUCAUUAUGUUAUUCGCAGGUUUAUUGGUGUUUCAUAAAAGAAAAUUAAAAAGAAAAAAUAAACCCACAUCUGAUCAAGUGCAUCAAGAUGAUACACAAGUUCAACUAAUAAACAGAGAAACACUUCAGUCUUCAAAUCGUUAUGUCAGAACUUUUGACGACAACGCUUAUGUUGAUCCAAAUAUCUGCAGAAUGAGUAAAUAUGAAGGGAAAGGUUUGUGUGUAGAGCCUAAUGGUUUACUGAAUAUCAAUGAAAAAGAAUCAUUUCGAAAUUCCGACGUAAAAAAUACAGAAAAAAAGAAUUAUCCUGAUAAUACAAACUCUAAUACUAAUGUUUCUUUAAGCAAUGGACCUGAAAAAAAGAAAGAUCCGAACUAUGAAUACCCAAUCGUUGCGCAGCUCACUGUUAAAGAAAAGCAAAAAAAUGAGUAUGAGAGCUGUGGACGUGUUCAACUACCAACUCAUGAAUAUGUAGAUAUAACUGGAGUUAAUGAUGGGAAGACUCAUUAUUACACUGAUCCAGACAAAAUUCUUCAGAGUUAUAAAAAGGAAAGGGUCUCUGAAUAUGUAAAACCUAAUUUACAAGAUAUAGGUUCUAACGGAAAAAAUAAUUCUGAAUAUACCAAACUUUUACCAAAUAUUCCUACUUCCUCUUUUGAAAUCAAUGAAUCAACUAAAUCUAAAAAUGAAUCAAAUAAUAGUCAUUAUACAUUUUUAUUACCGGAUUCACACGAGAUACCAGAUAAAAACAAAAAUCAUGGUGGUUCAAAUUUUAAUUUAAAUCCAUCUGGUUAUGCACAAUUAACAACAAUAAAUAAUAAAAUAACUUCACCUCCACUCGAAGAUUUAUCUCCCAAAUACUAUAUGUUAGAGCCAGAUGAUUCGACUGCAGAAGAGAUAGCCAUUUAGUUUUUACUAGAAAGUCUUUGUAUAUAUAUGUGUAUAUACAUAUGUGUGAGUGUGUGUGUGUAUAUAUAUAUAUAUAUA